GUAAACCUCUCUAUAUCUAAAUCUUACAGUUGAAUUUUCAUUUUUCUUACAGUUUCACAAGAAUGUUCACACAAAGCAUGUUCAUCGCAAAACCCUACGCUCCAUCAAUCUCAAUCCGACCGGUGUGGUCAUUCAAUCUCGAAUCAGAGUUCAAACUCAUCCGCUCUUUCGUUGAUUCACAUCCGAUCAUCUCAAUGGACACCGAAUUUCCCGGCGUUGUCGUCCGCCCUGACGGCAUCACCGACUUAACAUCUUACCACAGGACACCUGCCACUCAUUACUCCGUCCUCAAGGCGAAUGUCGACGGUCUUAAUCUCAUACAAGUUGGUCUCACUUUAUCCGAUGCCAAAGGUAACCUGCCCAAAUUGGAAAAUGGAAAUUCAGAGGAGUUUCUAAUUUGGGAAUUUAAUUUCAGUGAUUUUGAUGUUGUGCGUGAUAUUCACGCGCAUGAGUCAAUUGAAUUGCUGAAGAGUCAGGGGAUUGAUUUUGAGAAGAAUAAGGAAUUUGGGGUUGAGUCAAUGAAGUUUGCUGAGUUGAUGAUGAGUUCUGGACUUGUGUGUAAUGAGGAGGUUAGCUGGGUGACAUUUCAUAGCGGAUAUGAUUUCGGAUAUUUGGUGAAGGCGUUGACGCAGAGAGCUUUGCCUGAUGAGCUUGCUGAGUUUCUGGUGCUGGUUAGGGUUUUCUUUGGGGAGAGUGUUUAUGAUGUGAAGCAUUUGGUGAAGUUUUGUGAAGGGUUGUAUGGUGGUUUGGAUAGAGUUGGGAAGACGCUGAAUGUGGAUCGUGUUGCUGGGAAGAGUCAUCAGGCGGGGUCUGAUAGUUUGCUGACUCUUCAUGCUUUUAGGAAGAUUAAGGAAGUUCACUUUGGGAAUGAUGUUGAUCGAUUGAUGAAGUUUGCUGGUGUGUUGUAUGGAUUAGAAAAUGUGGUUUAAUGAAUAUGUUUGUUGUUGUAGAUUGUUCUUAUGUUUAUUUCCUGACAUAAAAGUGAAAAUUAUAUACAUUUGUGGUUAUUAUUAAUGAAAUCGGAUGGAUUUUCACCUAUAAUGUGAAUAA